AGCUGAAGUCACACAGGAAUAUGAGCAAAUAGUAGGUGAAGCUACUGAAACUGCUGAGCGUCUUGUGCAGCGCUGCCUGUUGAGCUUCAGGACCACAAACCACAUUCCUGCAGUCAUGAGGCCGAGCUGAUCUGAGUCACACGCUGAGAGGGAAACCGAGACAGAAGCAGCGACACAUCGAAGCCUGAAAGCAACAUACGCCAAACUGCUGCUUUCAACAUGUAUGUUCUCUGGAAACAAGGUUUGAAAUAGGAAAACCACAGGGAUACGACCAUGGCAGCUCUGUUGAUAUGAUGGAGUUUCAUCUGGAGUGCAGGACACGCUGACCUCUGAGAUGAUGGAGGACAGAAAUGGAGUUUGCCACGUGAUGGAGGAGAGCGAGGUGGAUGUUCAGGCUGGACAAACUCAGCCCCAGACCGGCAGCAGCAAAGGGAACUGGUCCAAUGGUCAGUGUGUCGUAUCGAUAGCGAGCUUUUCGUCGCUGAACCCCAGCUUUGAUUUGUCUCUGUGUCGCGCCAAACUGGAGAGGGAUGGCUUUCAGAUUCCAGUCAAAGACAUGGAGGCGCCACUGAAAGCAGCUCUGGAUGUCCCUUCAGUGAGGAGAUACAUGGUUUUCAACUCGGCCCUCUUCCAUUUUAUCAUGGCACCGGUUCUGUAUGUGGUCGUCUGGUGUGCCGUCUUCUCCACCCUCCACCUCUACAUCACCGUCAGCGACUACUGGGUCCUCUGUCUGUCCGUCAGCCUCAUCUCCAUCCUCCUCACCACCACCGUCAUCUUCAUCCUGCACCACAGCAACAAGGAGAUCAACAUGAAUUUAGACGUCCGGUUGAUCCAGGCGAACGAGAGGAUGGUGAAGCACAAGCUGCUGGUGGGUGUAGCCGACUGGGUGCACAACUGUACCGGAAACAUGCAGCUGUACUUCCUGUUCUGGGACAUGUCUGGCUGUCUGAGGACGCUGACUGAAACUUUAGAGGGCCGCAGCUUCAUGACGACCGACACUCAGAGCAAACUGGAGAGCAGGAUGUCUCGUCUGGUCCUGGUGGCCGAUGUCCCGGCCGUCGACCCCGAGGCCGAGAGGUCGGACGUGGAGCAGGAGUUGGACGAACAGAGGCCUCUGCUGGGGAACGAGGACGGAGGCUGCAGAACUUCACCCGGCCAGCAUGGGGGCGCUAGAAUCACCUCCAGCUUCAGCAUCGUCCCUGAUGCUUCUCUACCUGCUCAGGAUAAAGCCUACCAGCUGCUGAUGACCUACAGUGCAGUGUAUGUGAAGCUGCUGGUGUCUGAGAGGCUUUCAGGUCCAUCGAACCAUGGAAGGAACCACUGCACCACCGCCACCCUCUGCCUCUGCCAGUUCAUCAGGAAGAAGAUGUUCCAGUAGCAGAACCGGCCUGUGGACUGGACAUGUUUGAAACAGACAAACGGACACGUGGAAGCCGGUUUCUCUGGAUGUUCUGAUUUAACGAAGGACUCGUUUGGCGCUUCUCUUGAUUUCUUUUUCUCUCUGGCUGUGAGCUGCUGUAGCUUCGUGUUUGCUCCACCUGGAUGUUUGCUCAUUUGCACACUGCCAAACGCUGAAAACACGCUGCUGUGAAACAAUAUUUGUACUGCUGUAUACACGACAAUCACAGCUAUAGUAACUGCUCACUGCUGUUUAACUUAUUUGUACCAACGACACGUGUAGAUUAUUGAGUUUGCAGUAGAUUCAACAGGAAAUGUGUUGAACGAAAGGACUGUUCUUCAGGUCAUUUUACUAUCUUGUUCCACUACAUUUCACAGGGAAAUAUUAAAAUCGUACUGUAGUAUUUGAGCGCUACAACUUUUCAGAUCAGUAUUUUUCUGUACAUAAAAGCAGAUAGGAUUUGCUUAUAAAAUAUGAUGUAUUAUUUCAAGAUAUCCUGCUGAAAGUUCUGCUGCUGUAUUUGGAUGAUAUUGACGAAUUUCUGUCAUUCAGCUUUUGAAUUCACAAAGCCUCAAAGUUCAAACAGCAUUUUAAGACAGCAGAGCCACAGCAGCAGCAGUUUGACUGUGGGAUAAGAGAAUUUAUGUUUUCACUAUGAAAGAGUUCAACAAGAAAAAUACUUCAACACAUCUAUUUUUAGUUGGUUAACAAAAGCAUUAAAGGGUGUAUGGCAAA